AUGCGACCAUGGCCUCCACCAGGCCCUGAUCCGCUGCUUCCUACCCCCAACCCUGGGCUGGCCUUCGGGGUGCUGGCACCCACUGCAUCUGGGGUGUGGCCAGUGGGGGCGUGUGCUUCCUUCUCCUGCCUCCCCAGGCCACCCAGCACUGACCUGGGGAAUUCUUGUUGGUGGCCCGACUGGUUGGCCAGGAAGCGGCUGUCGGGGCUUUCCAGAGCCACCCAGUAUCUGCCUGAGCUGUGUCACAGCCACCUCCCUCCUGCAAGCCCGGGGACAGGCACACCUGGUGUGGUCCCCUGCCCCCCUCAGCUCAGGAUCAGGCUGAAGGGUGCUGGGGGAGGCCCCCCCACCCCAUAUAAGCAUUUGGUUGCCAGUCUCACUUGCACCUUCAUUUCCCUGAUUCCCCUGUGGCUGUUCCAGACCAGGAAGCUCCAGGGAGCUGGUCCCCUGCCAUCAGCAGAGGUGGGAGUACAGGCAGACCCCUGGGCACUGUGGUCCAGGUUCCUUGACAGCUUUACAGCCCAGGAGACCGAAGGGCCCGCUGUGGGCAGGCUGCCCCUGGCUCUUGGCUGCCUCCCUGCACCCCAGUGGGAGACUGGGCUUGUGAGCACCCACUGCCGGAGGCUGGCACGGCUUGCCCAGGGAUGA